AUGGCACCACCGCCCCGCCUCGUCCCGCUCCUCCUCGGCCGUCUCGUCAUCUCCGGCGACCUCCUCCGCAGCACCGCUCACCUCCGACGCAUCGUGCCGCUCCUCCCUUCGCACCCCCACCUCGCCGCCGCCCUCUCCACCCUCUACUUCCCGCUCUUCCCCUCCUCAUGCACCUUCCUCCACAACCUGCUCAUCCAAGCCUCCGCGACCUCCCCUUCUCCCCGCCUCGCCUUCGCCGCCUUCUCCUCCAUCCUCCGAUCCGGCAAUGCACCGGAUAGAUUCACUUUCCCUGCGCUCCUCAAGUCGGCGUCCAAGCUCGCCUCUUUCCCGCGGACGGGCGCGCAGGUGCACGCCCAGACAGUCCGGCGCGGGUUCUUGGUCGACGUCUUCGUAUUCAAUUCGCUCCUCGCGAUGUACGCCGCGUUCCGCGACACCUCUUCGAUGCAGGAGGUGUUCGACUCGUGCGCAGGGGUCGCCGAUGUGGUAUCUUGGAACACGAUGCUCGGUGGCUAUGUGAAGUGCGGGGACAUCGACAAUGCCCGGAGGCUGUUCGAAGAAAUGCCUCAAAGGAAUGGGGUCUCCUGGAGCGCGAUGGUGGGGGCUUACGCGGGUUCUGGCGAACUGGAUGUGGCCAGGGAAAUGUUCGACGAGAUGCCGGCCAUUGGGAGGAACGUUGUGACGUGGAACUCGAUGAUAACUGGAUUUGCGCGGCAUGGGCUACUGCCGCUGGCUAGGAAGAUGUUCGAUGAGAUGCCGGUACGGAAUCUCGUAUCAUGGAACACAAUGAUUCGGGGGUAUGGAGUGAAUGGUGAUAUGGAUGGCGCGCGGGAGCUGUUUGACGUGAUGCCAGAGAAGGAUGUGGUUUCCUGGACGUGCAUGAUUUCUGGGUAUGCACAGGAUGGACGCUAUGCUGAAACUCUUGAUCUGUUCAGAUCAAUGCAGAGCGAGAGCAGUGUCCGUCCUAAUGAGGUGACCAUGGUGAGUGUGCUCUCGGCAUGCGCACAUGUAACAGCUCUGGAAGAAGGGAGGUGGGCUCACGCCUUCAUUGACAAGCACAAGAUGGUGCUCGACAAUGAGUUCAAUCUUGGCGCUGCUCUCAUAGACAUGUAUGCCAAGUGUGCAAGAACCGAUAUGGCUGUCAAAAUCUUCCACUCCUUGCACCAGAAGAAUGUCUCCGCCUGGAAUGCGCUCAUCACUGGGUUGGCAAUAAAUGGUGAUGUUCAGGAUUGCAUCAGUGUGUUUGAGCAUAUGAAGAGGUCAGGAGAAAAACCGAAUGACAUAACGUUUGUUGGUGUGUUGACUGCUUGUUCCCAUGGCGGGCUGAUGGACGAGGGUCGACGGUGCUUCGAGAGCAUGACAACUUAUGGAGUGCAGCCAGAGGCGAAGCACUAUGGCUGCAUGGUUGAUAUGUUAGGCCGGGCAGGGCUUCUUGAAGAGGCAGAGGAGCUCAUAAGGAGCAUGCCGGUUGCCCCAGAUGUCAUGAUUUUGGGCGCACUACUGGGUGCCUGCCGAAUGCACAAGAGAUUUGAUGUGGCUGAAAGAGUCCAGAGUAAAAUCAUUGGCCUCAACAGAAAGCAGGCUGGCUGCUAUGUGUUGAUAUCGGACGUUUAUGCUGCUGCUGAAAAAUGGGGAGAGGCUUCAGAUGCGAGGCACGUUUUGCAGAAGCACGUCAUCAGGAAAUCACCGGGAUCAUCCAGCUCAAUGCAAUAG